AUGGGGCAGCAGGUCUCACAUCCGGCCGCGGUGACGCAGCCGCCGGGCGAACGCGCGAAGCUGCGCCCUCUACAAGCGCCGUACGUGCCGCUCUGCGACGUCCUCAAGGCUGGUGACGUGGAAGACGUUAAAGACGCAAUGGAUAAGAUCCUCGAGUUCGGCGAUGCGCUGCGCUACCUCCCAAGAGAGAGUGAAGUAUCCGGACGUCUGCUGACGCGCAGUCCGGAGCAACAGAUGAAGGAGCUAAUAAACCCCGUAGACUCCGUAGACGAGUUAUUCCAGCAUAUCUCCCAGCUGGCAGGGCUGCCGAUGCACGACGGACGCGACCUAGCACGCCCUGACGCCAAACGGGACGCUGGCGAGACGAUGCCUGGAGUGUUCGACGCCCGCGUGGCCACCUACGUGAAGAACUUGCAGUCUGUAUACCAGAUGACCAAGAAAGAAAAACACCGUCACGAACAGCGACUUGUGGCUGCUAGAGCGCACGCCAUGUCACUGAGCAAAGUGUCGCCGCCGCCACUGCCAAUACCGACGCAAACCUGUCUGACAAUGGGCUGGGAUCUGGUCGUGAUGCUGCUUAAGGCUACGCGUAAGAACAACCCAGAACAAUACGAGCAAGCACUCCAGAUGAUCAAGGAUAACCUCAAGCCUCUGAAGCCAACAGCUUAUUCGGACAGUAUGUACCUCGCACCGUCCGCGUCGUCGGCAUUCAAUCUUCUCAGCGAUUGUCUAGGCGACCUUGCUUAUCAUACAGCCGAAGAAUCGACCGAAGACAUGGGAGCUCGCACGAUUGAGACUUUGGUGGAGGUGGGACUGGCGCGCGGCUCGCUUGCAACCAUGCUCUUCGUGGUACUGUGGCUUAUGAAGCAACCAGCAACGAGCUCGGUAAAUUUGGACACUUCGAUAUGUAAACUCGCUGCACUCAAAGAACAGCCAAUGUACGGGAAGUGCGAGGCUUCAGGGGAACUUUACAGUUGCGGACAGAACUCAUAUGGAGAAUUAGGAACAGGAGAUGAUAUUGAGCGGCAUCAGCUUACCAGUAUAUCGCUUUGCGGGUGGGACGACAUUCGUCAAGUGGCUAGUGGCAACGAGACACUGGCGGUUCUUACAAACGAUGGAGUUGUGCUCACCUGUGGGCUCAACAAAAGCGGACAGUGCGGUCAGGGUCACUUUGAUGAGCGCGUGAUGAUGCUGCGACCUGUACAGGCUUUGCGUUCCCAACGUGUGAAGUUUAUUGCUGCGAGCAACGGAUGUGAACACAUGAUCGCGCUGACCGACUCGGGACUCGCGUACUCCUGGGGGUACAACGAUCGAGGACAAUUGGGCCAUGAAAAUCUGACGACCAAAGUCCACGUCCCAAAACUGAUUGAGUCGCUAAAGGACAAGAAAUUGAGAUACGCGUCUGUGAGCUAUCAUCACAGUGCGGUCAUCACGGACUCGGGGGAGCUCUAUGCAUUUGGCAUGAACGAUUGUGGUCAGCUUGGACUCGACCACACGCAGCAUCAGUCGACUCCGCAGCUUGUGAAGGGCUUUGAGGGCACUGAGAUAUCCAUGGUAGCUUGCGGAUUGUACCACACAAUCAUUUGCACAGCAACAGGGGGGCUGUUCGCCUGCGGCAAGAACGACUACGGCCAAUUGGGUUUAGGCCACAAUCGGCAGAUCAAGGUGGCUUCGCUUGUGUCUCUUCCAAAUGAAAUGGUGUCUUAUGUCGCUAGCGGCUACUACCACUCGGUGGUUGUUACCAAUAGCGGCCGAACUUUUUCAUUUGGUCGUAACGACUAUGGCCAGCUAGGAAUCGGAAACAAGGUUCACCAGAAUGUGCCGAAUGUCGUGGCAUUAUCUGCCAACACUAGGAUGGUUCGAGCAACAUGCGGAUGCUACCACACUGUUCUACUUUCCGAACAAGGACAAGUAUUCGUCUUCGGGCGGAACAAUAAAGGGCAGCUUGGAAAUCGUGGCAGCGCUGAUGCCUUACUUCCUGUUCCCUUAAAGGUGCGACCGGAAAAGAACUCUCGUCGCUGUGUGGACGUCGCUGCUGGCUUCUAUACGACCUCAUUAAUUGUGGAAAGGAAACGUGACAACGAUGAAAGCGACUCGAUUAUGCUGGAACAAUCUUGUGUCAUUUCAGUUUGCGGUCGUGUUGAUAUCGACCGCUCCGGAGAGAUCGAGGGUUUAAGCAACUUUGGUUCUAUUUCCACGAUAGGUGUAUCGCUGUUCCGAGGGAAAUGGUUCUACGAGGUAGAAGUGGUCACCAGUGGGUUGAUUCAAGUGGGGUGGAUCGAUGGCUACUUUCAGGGGAGCUCCGAUCAGGGAGAAGGAGUCGGUGACCACAAUCACUCGUGGUCAUACGAUGGGAAUCGCCAGCGCCGUUGGAACAGUGGAUCGUCUUCCUACGGAGAGAAGUGGAGAGCUGGGGAUGUCAUUGGGUGCUUGCUCGACUUAACCACGCAGGAGAUGACUUUUUUCCGCAACGGAGUGAAUUUGGGUGUCGCCUACUCUGAAUUUAAAUGCUCUGAAGACGACAAACGAUCCGGUAUGAUGCCUGGAAUCAGUCUUGAGAGAGGCGAGAUUAUUCGCGUGAACCUUGGACACCAACCCUUUGCUUAUCCUGCAGUUGGCCACGACUUUGAGAGCGUAUCACGUGCAGUACAGCUGCCUUCAUCUAGUGCAGUGAUUCAGCCACCUGAAGAUCACACAACUGGAGGUUUCUCGAUCGAGCCUCCACCGCUAGAAGGUUCCUCCUCAGUCAUGAUCGGUGAUAAGCUAUUUGUUGUUGGCGGGAUGAUUCGUAACGAGUCCUCGCUGUCUCAACCAAACGAACCGACGAACCAAGUGUGGAUGUAUGACAUUACUGCAAAACUCUGGGAAAGAUGGACCGAUUUUCCGAUUGAAAUCUGCCACCAUCAAGUGGUUGCCGUUGACGACAAUCACAUUCUUGUUCUUGGAGGCGAGAAGGAUUGUGCGGCGUCGCGGCACAUGGAUCUGUACAAGUGCUCCACUUUGAAAAACGCAGACGGAUCGAUGCCAACAUGGACACUGAUUCAAGCUGCGAUUGGCGCUGCGACCGCUCUACCCCAGUCACGUGCAUUCCACACAGCUGCAACAAUUUAUGCUCGCUUGGAUACAAUCGUCUUUAUGUACGGUGGCAAGUCGGUCGACGACGAGAUUCUCGGGGACGUCUGGUACUUAUCUCUCGAUGAUUUCACUUGGUCGCGUUUGCCGAGUUCGGUAUCACUUGACCCUGGCUCACGAACGGGAUGCUCCUCUGCUGUAAUUGGCGAGUCCGUCGGAGGCUCUAGACUCUGCUCUGGAAACGACGUCCCGACAGAAGAAGCAGAUUCCGUUCAGCUGUCCCGGUGCCUGUACCGUUCACUCUGUAUAGACCCCAAGGAGGCGACUUUCUCGGCACUAUAUGCACUGCUGGAAAAUAUAACGACUCGCUUCUUCGGCAUGGACGCACCCGAUGAGAAGUCCAACUCUACAUCACCGGUCACGCACGUCUUAUAUCCGAUGCUCGUCACCAUACGACUUCUUAAGCUAAACUUCUUUGAGUUUGCGCGCAGUUGUUUGGACGGCUCCGAAAUCGGAUUACCAGCAACAUCAUAUCAACCUGGGGGAGUUCUGAUUUUGAUUCGAGAUGCGCUCUUCACGAUUGCGGACCACGUUCCCGAGACGCCGUUGUCUGGGGAGGCUCUUUGGUUCUACCACGCGAUAAAACACGAAACCGCAUCGGCAAUCUAUCACGGAUUCCCGACCUUGUUUCCAUCCUUUUUGGAUCGACUGCAAGUUAUGAAUCGCCUAAUGGUAACCAACCAGAACUCUGAAGAGGAGAUGACGCCAGCUCAGAAACUAUUGGUUCCGAUGCUUGUGCCGUCCUUCACGUCUGCAAAAAUGUUGUUCCAGUUGAUAACCGAUCCUAACGUGCUAUUCACAGUGGAUGGUUUAUCCGACGAGGUUGUUUCCGAAAGUGUAAUCACAUUCAUGGGCACUUUGCUGGAUUCACUUUGGGCGCAGACCAAGGAUGCGAUGGCUCACUCGUCAGAAGAUAUGACUAAGCUCUUGCAGAGCUUAGAAGCCAUUGAAACUAGCCACGAGUUUAACUGCCUCAACAUUAUGCUGCGUGCGGCGAUAUUCUGGUGCGAGUGCUCAACACAACGAGGCUGGGUGAUCAUUGAAUCGAUCCGACGCGUAACUAUCCCGUCGGACCUUGCAAAGCUUUUCGGAACCGAUUCCUUGCUGGUGAAGUCUGGUCCUGAACCUUUAGUGGAAUAUGAUUCAAGUAGAAUCUCUUUCCUGCCCAGUCGAACUCUUCUCUCGCAGCAUUUGUAUCCUGUGAGCGAGGGUCUACCACCUACUCCAGGAGCGACUGCAGGUCCGCCCCCAGCGCCACAGUCACUUGUAAAGAGCUCUCUUUCUAGUAGUACACGUUGCUCGGACAAAGCCAUUGAAGACAGCAGCGAGUGGCUUAAGGAUCUUCAAAAGGUAGUAGUGUGGGUCGGGAGCCACUACGCCGCUACUUUGAUACUCGGUGGUGAGCUUGAUGGUGGCGUUGUCAGCGAGAAAUGGCUGCAAUCCCCAUUAUUCCGUGGUGGAUUAGACGAAACAUGGCCUGAUAUAGAUACCAGCAACAAUGAGGUCGGUAGGAACGAAACCCUUCUUCUACAAGUGGUUGAAAAUGUCGGCAACGGCAAAAAGCUCUUGGAUAAAGUACGCAAUGCUCUGGAUCCUGGAUCGGCUCCGGGUGGCGGAAAUCCUCAGCUCCGAGCGGCGAGGCUAAAGAGACAAGACAGUGUGGAGGCAACACUUGAAAAAAGUGGUGGGAUCGAGGCGGUCGACCGUGCGGUCCGUGCGACAUUCGCUGCUCUCUUGAAACACACCAACAUCUCCUACACGACAGAACCCAUUUCAAACCAAGGGAGAUUAGCUGAAACGGUGGUUGAUGCCUGGAAGGCUGCACUUCAAUUGCGUCGUUGGAUCGUGAGAGAACAGCAGAAACUAGCUGCAGUCGUCACUCAAGCACGAACCUGGUGGCUCCCAAUCAAGACACAGAAGGUCUUUCUCGACACCCCGAAGACCAAAUGCGAGAAGUCCUGCUUGUACACCAACAUCGCGGGAAAAUGCGUCUACAAGGGCUGA